AUGAAGCGAUUCUGCACCAAAAAGCUGUUUUGCCGGCAGCUGUGGCGGUGCCGGCUCAUCCACCACACCGUCACAAACUUCAACAUCCAACCCGACAAGCAAACCGUCACCCGCAUCAACGACUCCCUUUCCUCCCUCCAACAAUCCCGCGACCUCCGCAUCCGCGAUGCCGAAAUCUCCCUCCGCAAACUCUCCCGCAGCCUCAACACCCUUACCGCGCAGCACAAUGAGACCGUAGCAGCCCACGACCCCGCGCGCCAUGCGGCGUCGAUCGUGGAGCUAGACACGAAGAAGUUUCGAAUCGCAAAGGCGGCCUCGGAACUGGAGAUUGAGAGCGAGAGGCUGGAGGCUGAACUGGAAGCGUUGAAGGCGCGGCUGGCGGAGCUGGAUGCCCAGGGGCUAGAGGGCGAUGAGCAAGUGAGGAGGGAGCGGGAGGCGGACGAUGCGACGAUAUUACGGCUCAAAAUCUACCGGUCGCUGGGGAUCGAUGUUGAAGCUGAUGAAGCGGGGAAUUACUCCAAAGCCAUCAUUCGGAAUAGUCGAAAGGGCGAUGUUCAUGUGGUGAACAUAGAUCCCAAAUUCUCACGAUUCUUUUACGCGAAUUACUUUUGGCAAACGAUGCAGGGAUAA